UUCACACUUUAAGAGGGACUCAGAGAAGUAAGCGCUGAGUUUAUCAAACAGUGUGUGAAGAGCAGUGGGACAUGUAUAGCUCUGUAACUGUUCUUUUAAUGUCCACAUUGGUCACAGUCACCACUUCUGGCAGCGUGAGGUUGGUUGGAGGUAACAGUCCCUGUAAAGGAAGAGUGGAGGUUCUUCAUAAUGGCCAAUGGGGAACAGUGUGUGAUGAUGGCUGGAGUAAAGAUGAUGCUGAAGUGGUGUGUAGAGAGCUGGGCUGUGGGAAGGCAUUACGUGCAGUUGGCAUAGCACAUUUUGGACAUGGAUCAGGACCAGUCUGGUUGGAUGAAGUGGCGUGCAAUGGAUCAGAGUCUACACUGGUGAAGUGUAAAUCAAGUAAAUGGAAUAAUAAUAAUUGUGGUCAUAAUGAAGAUUCUGGAGUCAUCUGCACAGAUCGCCUCCCCAGACUUGUCAAUGGAUCCCACCUGUGUUCUGGGAGAUUAGAAAUACAGCAAGUGAAGACAUGGGUUUCAGUGUGUGAUGCUGGCUUUGACCAGCAGGAUGCAGAGGUUGUGUGUAGAGAGCUGGGUUGUGGGGCUCCUGUACAGGUGCUGGGAGCAGCUGCUUUUGGCAAAGGAGAGGACAUCUGUUCCCAUGACAACGAUGUGGGACUGAUAUGCUCUGGUUACUUAAAGCUUAAACUGGUAAAUGGUUCAGACUCUUGUUCUGGUCGAGUGGAGCUUCAGUAUCUCAGGGAAUGGGGAACAGUGUGUGAUACAUGCUGGGAUAUGAAGGCUGCCAGUGUCCUCUGUAGACAUCUGAAUUGUGGGAUUGCUGUGUCUGUUGUGGGAUCGGACUGGUUUGGAGAGGGAAGUGGUGAAAUCUGGGCUGAUGUGUUUGAUUGUCAGGGGAAUGAAACACAACUCUCACAAUGUCCCAUCUCUUCAUGGAGUCGAGCUGAACAUUCUCAUAGUAAAGAUGUUGGAGUCAUCUGCUCUGAUUCCUCUCUGGCUCUUCAUGAUGGGCGAGUGCGAUUGCCUGGAGACAGAGAGUGUGAGGGGGAAGUGGAAGUUUACAUCCAUCAGGUCUGGAGAAGAGUUCUGCUGGAUUCCUGGAGUCUCACUGAAUCCUCUGUGGUCUGCAGACAGCUGGGCUGUGGCUCUGUGCUGAACUUCUACAGCUCCUCUUCAUUCAGUCCUGAACAGAGUCAUGAGUGUGUGAUGGGCUUCCAGUGUUCUGGGAGUGAAGCUCAUCUGGGGAACUGUAGCUCUCCACAAACUCUCAACUGCAGCUCUACACAACAGCUGUCAAUCACCUGCCUUGGUCCUGGGUCCGUCAGGCUGGUGGGUUCUGGAGGAGAUUGUGCAGGGAGGCUGGAGGUUUUUCACAAUGGCUCAUGGGGGACAGUGUGUGAUGACUCCUGGGAUAUUAAAGAUGCCCAUGUGGUGUGCAGACAGCUGCAGUGUGGAGUGGCCCUCAGUAACCUGCUGGUACCAGCCUGGUUUGGUCCUGGUUCUGGACCCAUAUGGCUGGAUGAGGUGAACUGUGAGGGGAAUGAGUCAUCCCUGUGGAACUGCUCUUCUCAGGUCUGGGGAAAACAUGACUGUCAACACAAGGAGGAUGUAGGAGUCGUGUGUUCAGAGUUCAAAGAGCUUAGGUUGACUGAUGGUUGUAAAGGGAAUGUGGAAGUUUUCUACAAUGGAUCGUGGGGUAAUGUAUGCUUAAAUCAGAUGGACAAAGACACAGCGAGUCUGAUCUGUCAAGAGCUGAACUGUGGAAGAUCUGGCAGUGAACCCACAUAUUCAGUGGAGCUGACAUCUGCUCCUAAUUGGUUGGAUCAUCUUAAAUGUCGAAAGCAUGACAUGACACUGUGGCAGUGCCUUUCUUUACCAUGGGGCAAGAACAACUGUUAUUAUGAUGAGGUGGCCAAUAUCACUUGCUUUGAGGAAGAAAGUAAUGAUUCUCCACAGAGUCAUCUGACAUGUUCUACGUCUCCUCUCCAGAGACAGUGUUCAAAGCAUGUUCCUCUGAGACUGAGUGGAGGGAAGGGCCGGUGCUCUGGGAGGCUGGAGGUGUAUCAUAACGCUGUGUGGGGUUCAGUUUGUGAUGAUCAGUGGGAUAUCAGGGAUGCUCAGGUGGUCUGCAGGCAGCUGGGUUGUGGAGCAGCACUGAGUGCUGAUGGGAAUGCAGCCUUUGGUGCUGGUGAAGGUGUUGUGUGGCUAAACAGAGUCGAGUGCAGAGGGAAUGAGAUUCACCUGUGGGACUGUCCUCUCUCCCUAAAUAACCACACUGACUGCUCACUUAAAAAAGACGCUGGACUCACCUGUGCAGAUUUGUCUGUGUCCACUACUACUGCCCAAAGAACAUCAACUUUUCCUCCAGUUUCACAGACAGAAAGGGGACCAGUGCGAUCAACAUCGAUCCCUCCUCCACAAAUUCCUCCAUCAGAUACUCUCUCCAUCCCUCCAGUGGUUGUGUUUGUUCUGGUAUCUGUGCUCUUACUGAUCUUACUGCCACUCAUUGUACUGAUUCAGCAGAACAGAGUGAUGAGAAGAGGUAUGUGA